GCACUGAGCACAGCGGACCCGUCCUCGUACCCCCAAGAGCGCUCAGAGUGUACAAAAGAAAAAAAACAGGCUGACAGUGUCUUGCAGGGGGACAGAGGAGGAGGAGACCGCAGGACUGGAGUGAAGGAGACGAGUGAGACCCGAGCUAGGCCGCAGCCACCGCCUGACACAGUGCCGCACACUCAGACACAGUGAGCAGCAGUGGCAGGCAGCACAUGCCACAUGGGAGCACAAACUGGUUAGAGAGGGAGACCAGCCCAUCCGUUACCCGGCUCGCAGGACAGGGAGCUAGGCCGCAGCUGCCAGUGCCACACACUCCGAGUCCCUUCAUCAUCACAGGCAGCAGGAGAGGAGACCCGCAGGUGCCACGUGCCAGCCAGACUCUGCCACCUUGUUGUGACAGGCUCAGUCCAGUCCACCACAGGCAGGAGGAGAAUCGCUCCACCACCAGCAGCCAGCAGUGCCACCACCACCACCACCACCACCACCACCACCACCAGCACCACCGUCGUCGUUAUCAUCGUAUCAUCAUUAAUCAGGUAGGAAAACUAAUAAACAUCAUCUUUCACAUUAUAUUAAAUAACUAUGUCAUGAAAGGUUUAAUGAGUUUAAGUGACAAUCACCAGACCAUACCAUUGCCAUUUAAUUAAUUAUGGUUACGUUUAUGACUGUAGGUCUGCAGUGCUGGUGCUGGUCUAGGUCUAUAUAUCUCUAUCUCUAAUCCAUUGAAUGUUCUGUCCUGACCAUUUGUCCACUUGUCCAGUGUGACUGUCUUGUCUUAGUGAUGAAUGAUGAUUGUUUGAUCACAACUUUAUUGAUACUUUUUGAGAGCAUUUAUGGUUUUGCUCAUCACUGCCCCAGCCCCACACAUGCUGCAGCUGCACUGCAAGGCAAGUGCAUUGUGUGUGGGGCAGUAAUGAUGAGCAAAACCAAAAAGCAUCAUAUUACAAUACAAACAAGGUAAGUAUGAACUUGUGAAUUGUGAAUCAAUCACCAAGACAAGACAUUCAAAUGAUGCAUAAAACCAGAAUUAAUGAAAUGGGUGGCACUGGCAUUAUGUCAUUGGGGGGGGGGAUGUUGGCGGGACAUGUUGUUGUUGUGUUAUAGCAGCCAGUUUGUGAUCUCAAAUAAUGCCAGUGUACCAGAUUGGAGAAGGAGAGAGAGUGCGAUAUAACGUGACCGGCUGUCGCUGACUCUCUGAGACUGUGACCAUUGCAAUGCCAAUGCAUUGACCAAUGACCAUGACCACCACCAGUUGAGUUGACCAACCACCGGCGGCAGACGAGAUGAGGGGCCAGGGCGCAUUUUUUCUUUUACACAUGAUGAAUAAUGAUAGUUGACACUUGACAAGUUGACAGCGACUGCGACUAACUGCGUGUGUGGG